UCUUUCCCUGUCGGCGACUGUCUAAAUUGGCUCGCGCAGCGCUGAAACGUGAGGGAAGGCUGUCACUGAGACGAGCAAUUUAUUUUUCUCCAAAGCAGCCAGUUUUAACCUACUCGGUGGAAGCGAAGCGUUACUGCCACCAGCCUGUCGCUGUUCUUUAGGGUUGAGAGACAACGGGUGUCACGUUCGCUGGGCGUCGUCUAUUCUCUAGCAGCGGAGGCUCUCAGCAUCAAUUCUUCCCGUAGCUAGCGGUUUGUGGCUAACGCCUGAGAGGUGACGAACACUAUCUACCAGCAAGAUGUCCGGGUACCAGGGCAAGAAAAACAUCCCCCGCAUCACGAGUGAGCGUCUCCUGAUGAAAGGGGCGAGGGUAGUGAACGAUGACCAGUCCUUCCUGGCUGAUAUCUAUAUGGAGGAUGGGGUCAUCAAACAGAUCGGGGAGAACCUGAUCGUCCCUGGCGGAGUGAAGAUCAUAGAAGCCCACGGCCGCAUGCUCAUCCCAGGGGGCAUCGAUGUACACACACGCUUUCAGAUGCCCGACCGGGGCAUGACCGCCGCCGAUGACUUCUACCAGGGCACCCGCGCCGCGCUGGCAGGAGGCACCACCAUGAUCAUGGACCACGUGGUUCCAGAGCCCGGUGCGAGCCUGGUGGCGGCGUUUAGCCAGUGGCGGGAGUGGGCGGACAGCAAGUCCUGCUGCGACUACUCUCUGCACGUGGACGUCACCGAGUGGCACAAGGGCCUGCAGGAGGAGAUGGAGGCUCUGGCCAAGGACCACGGUGUGAAUUCCUUCCUCAUCUACCUGGCCUACAAGGACAUUUUCCAGCUCUCGGAUGCCCAGAUGUAUGAGGUGUUCAGUGUGAUCAGAGAUUUGGGGGCCAUCGCCCAGGUACAUGCUGAGAAUGGUGACAUCAUCGCUGAGGAGCAAAAGCGGAUUCUGGAGUUGGGCAUCACUGGACCAGAGGGACAUGUGCUAAGCCGACCAGAAGAGGUGGAGGCCGAGGCUGUUAACCGUGCCAUAACUGUGGCUAAUCAGACCAACUGUCCCCUGUACAUCACCAAGGUGAUGAGCAAGAGUGCUGCUGAUGUCAUCGCCCAGGCCAGGAAGAAAGGCACUGUUGUGUAUGGAGAGCCUAUCUCUGCCAGUCUGGGCACGGAUGGCACCCACUACUGGAGUAAGAACUGGGCUAAAGCUGCAGCCUUCGUCACCUCACCCCCCCUCAGCCCCGACCCCACCACCCCCGACUACCUGAGCUCUCUUCUCUCCUGUGGUGAUCUGCAGGUGACUGGCAGUGCCCACUGCACCUUCAACACUGCCCAGCGUGCCGUGGGCAAGGACAACUUCACCCUCAUCCCCGAGGGCACCAACGGCGCUGAGGAGAGGAUGUCCCUCAUCUGGGACAAGUGUGUGGUGACAGGGAAGAUGGAUGAGAACCAGUUUGUGGCGGUCACCAGCACCAACGCUGCCAAGAUCUUCAACCUGUACCCGCGUAAGGGUCGCAUCGCCGUGGGCUCUGAUGCUGACCUGGUGCUCUGGGACCCCGACAUCACCAAGAUCAUCUCCGCCAAGAACCACAACCUAGCGGUGGAGUACAACAUCUUUGAGGGCGUGGAGGUGCGAGGGGGCCCCCUGGUGGUCAUCAGUCAGGGCAAGCUGGUGCUGGAGGAAGGGAUGCUCCACACCACCGAGGGCUGCGGACGCUACGUCACCCGCAAACCCUUCCCUGACAACGUCUACAAGAGGAUAAAGGCUCGCAGCAGGCUGGCUGAGCUGAGGGGUGUUCCUCGCGGUCUCUAUGACGGACCGGUGUGUGAGGUGACCGUCACCCCAAAGGUCAUGACCCCAGUGACCUCCAAAAAGACGUCUCCGGUCAAACAGACCCCACAGCCAGUCCGCAACCUCCACCAGUCUGGCUUCAGCCUGUCCGGUGCCCAGGUGGAUGACAACAUUCCUCGCCGCACCACCCAGCGCAUAGUGGCGCCCCCUGGUGGGCGUGCCAACAUCACCAGCCUGGGCUGAGCAGUGGGGCGCCCUUCAUAACGGGUGGGGGGGGGGGAUGGGGUGAGGACCCCCCCAACUGCACCCCCCCAACACCCCCCCAUUCCACUCCACUCUGCACCAACACUGGGAUCCCUCCAAGCACAACCACACACACACACUCACACACAUACACACACACACACACGUCUCCCCCUGAAUGCUCAUCUCUGCUCCUUCCUCCAACACACACACACACACACACACACACGACACCUGAUAUCCGUAGCCCUUUUCUCUCUCUCCCUCUGUCUCCUCUCUCUCUCCCUCUCUCUCUCUCUGUCUCCUCUUUCUCUCCCUCUCUCUCUCUCUGUCACCUCUCUCUCUCCCUCUCUCUCUCUCUGUCUCCUCUCUCUCUCCCUCUCUCUCGGUUUCCCUCUCUAUCUCUAUGUCUUCUGAAAUAGUUGAGUAAAUCAUGAGCAGUUAUUUGCCAUUCAUCCCUCAGAUUUUCAGUGUGUGCGUGUGUGUUUGUGUGAUGUCCUGUGUACAUUACCCGGGAUGCACAGCUAACCCCUCAAAGCUCACACACCCAGACACACACCCAGACACACACACACACACACAUUCAUACAUGCACGCGUGCCCUUCCACACACAGAUACAGUAUUUAUUAUAUUUAACGUCUUGGACGCGCACAAAUUUGCACGGAGGAGAAUAGCACCUCCUUCAGCUCACUACUGGGGUUGUCCUCUAGAGGGCGUCCUCUAGCCUGCAGCCAUGUGCAGAGCUCACUACUGGGGUUGUCCUCUAGAGGGCGUCCUCUAGCCUGCAGCCAUGUGCAGAGCUCACUACUGGGGUUGUCCUCUGAGCAGAUCUGGGGUCAGCUGGUCUGCUAACAAUCUCUGGUCUUCCUCCGUCCUUCGCUCAUGUUGCGCGUCUCCGCUCCUCACCCUCCUGAGAGUGGGCCCCUAAUGCCCACUGAAAGAGCUUAUAGCCGAUGCCCACUGACAGAGCUAAUGGCCAAUGCCCACUGAAAGAGCUCAUGGCCCAUGCCCACUGAAAGAGCUCAUGGGUAAUGCCCACUGAAAGAGCUCAUGGCCGAUGCCCACUGAAAGAGCUCAUGGCCGAUGCCCACUUGUGGCCGCGGCUAUAAACAGACCAGCCCUCGCUUCCCGCUCCACCUCUUCUCAUGCCACUGAGUCUGCUGGACAAGGAGGCAACACAAUACGAUAUUAUACACUCACCCAAUACACUAUUACAGUGCAGAGAAUCACUCACCCAAUACACUAUUAGAGUGCAGAGAAUCACUCAGAGAAUCACUCACCCAAUACACUAUUACAGUGCAGAGAAUCACUCACCCAAUACACUAUUAGAGUGCAGAGAAUCACUCAGAGAAUCACUCACCCAAUACACUAUUACAGUGCAGAGAAUCACUCACCCAAUACAGAAUCACUCACCCAAUACAGAAUCACUCACACAAUACACUAUUACAGUGCAGAGAAUCACUCACACAAUACACUAUUACAGUGCAGAGAAUCACUCACACAAUACAGUAUUACAGUGCAGAGAAUCACUCACACAAUACAGUAUUACAGUGCAGAGAAUCACUCACCCAAUACAGAUUCACUCACACAAUACAGUAUUACAGUGCAGAGAAUCACUCACCCAAUACAGAUUCACUCACACAAUACAGUAUUACAGAUGAACCAAUAGCACAGCUCUUGGAGGAGGGGGGGGGGGGGGGUAUUUCAUUAUCUCUUCUGUCUCUGUCUCUCAAAGGAAGAACGUUGCUAUGGCAACUGUUCUCCAACACCCACUCUUUUAUUGGUGUUGACAGCCAUGGUGGUUGCUCCUAGCGACCCGCUGUACCAGGUGCUAUCCUUCCUGUCUGGUGUCUGGGACGAGACAGGCCACCCGAGCACACACACACACACAUACCCUGCUGCUCUACAUGACAGAAAACCUCCAUCACUCUGCUUUGUAGCCACAGUGGGUUCAACACAGACACAAGCUGUAAGACACACACACACACACACACACACACAGCUGCUGCCUCUGGACUGUACUGUCCAGUUCUGAGACACAUGUACGAUAGGUCUGGCCCAUAGCCGCUCUUGAGGGGGCCGCUGUGUGUGUGUGUGUGUGUGUGUGAACUCUGUGUGUGUGUCUCUAACCUCAUCUGGUCUGUGUGGCAUGCCUGCUGUGCUAGUGAGACCUGUGUGUGUGUGUAUUCUGAUUAGGCUUGCUUCUCCCCACCUCCCACUUCACGUCACGUCACGUCACAAGGAUGCCAUGUCACCUCCUCCAAUGCUCUUCUUCCAGCGCGUCACACACACUCUUCUCACUCUCCAUGUGUGUGUGAGGCACCUGAGGGGUGGAGCAGUCACGGGCAGCUGUCACACACACACACACACACACAUACAUCCAUAUACAGCACACACACUUCACAUGCCAUGUUUGUACAUACAUUACCUUUGGUCAACAAAUCAGUCCUUUCCAAGCUUGUGCUAAAAACACAUGUGACACAGAGACGCUCUCUCUGACACAUGCACACACACACACGUCCACACAAACCUACUCUCUCUCUUUCUCUCUGUAAACCUGAGUUCUGUGGUUCACGCUACGCCUGGUGAGUGGCGCUCAUCUGGCCCCUCCCCCCCAGAGCUCUCCAGUCCCUUGGUUGGUCCGUCUGUCUGUCCGUCCGUCCGUUUCUGCAGGCUAGUUUGUGAUGUCAGUCAGUGAGUGGGACAGAGAGGGCUUCUGUAGGAACCUCCUCAUUUUUUGAAUUCUGAUUUGGACUCUGUCGUUGCUCCCCUUUUUGCCAUCACUGUUGAGGUUGUACUGUUGACGGUGUCUGUUUUGUAGACUGCUGGGAUGUAGAGAGGCUUUCUGGGAGAUCAGAAAGCUUCUGCUUCCCAUAGGUGUUACUAAAAAUGAUUUUAAGUAUUAAAAAAAAUGAACAAAGACUCGACGUCUCUGGGUGUUUUCUGUGCUUUAAAAAAUAUCUGUCUUACGGCAUGUGAAAUGUGAUAAUGAAAUAAACAACUCUGUACUACUAAA